CGCGGGGACCUGGCGGCUGAGCUAGACGUCUGCGCUUGGGUUUCUCUCCUCUCUGGGAUCACUUUGUUGCUCGCCGACCGCACGAUGACUCUGGAAGAAAUCAGAGGCCAGGAUACCGUUCCCGAAAGCACAGCCAGGAUGCAGGGCGCCGGGAAAGCGUUGCACGAACUUCUGCUGUCGGCGCAGCGCCAGGGCUGCCUCACCGCUGGCGUCUACGAGUCCGCCAAAGUCCUGAACGUAGACCCUGACAACGUGACCUUUUGCGUGUUGGCCGCCGACCAAGAGGACGAGGGCGACAUCGCGCUGCAAAUCCACUUCACGUUGAUCCAGGCAUUCUGUUGUGAGAACGACAUAGACAUCGUGCGCGUGGGGGACCUGCAGAGGCUGGCGGCAAUCGUGGGCACCGGUGACGAGGCGGGCGCACCAGGCGACCUGCACUGCAUCCUUAUUUCGAACCCCAAUGAGGACACGUGGAAAGACCCCGCCUUGGAGAAGCUCAGCCUGUUCUGCGAGGAGAGCCGCAGCGUUAACGACUGGGUGCCCAGCAUCACCCUCCCUGAGUGACAGUCCGGCUGGGACUUUGGUCUUUGAUCGACGUGGCGACGCUCCCGGGCGCCUAGGCGCUGCUAGCUGUGGAAGGGCCCUCCGAGGGCGCCCGAGUGCGCGUGGAGACUGCCAGGCGGGGCGCCUGGAGAGCGAGGAGCGCAGCCUCCCGCGGAGGGGGCCUGACGGAGGCCGGGACACGUUGUCCCGAGCCCGAGGACUCUGCAAGUGUCCAGAACGGCUGCUGGCACUGGAAGGCCCAGGCUUGGGACGUUUGGCCGCAGGGCUGGGAAGGACGGACUUGGAGAGGCUGGCGUGAGUCAGCAGCCUUCCAGCUGGGCUGCAAGGAGGCGAAAGGCCAGGCAGGCGGCCUGGACCUGGUACAGCUGCAGAAGCUGGACGGACUUUAGCAGGCUGCACAGCGUUUUCAAAACGGAUCCGGGCAUCGCCUUCAUUUUCUAAAGGAUACUACCGUGAAAGCUUUGAAUUUUACAAUAAACUUAAUGAAACAGA